AUGAUUUUUCUGUUAAUUACAAUAUUUGCAAUUGUUUUUAUGGGCCUCUCUUUUCAUCGCACACACUUAUUAUCCGCCCUCCUCUGCCUCGAAGGAAUAAUGCUUACCAUCUAUAUUGCCCUAAGCCUAUGACCCAGCCAACUAACUCUUUCCCCCCUCACGUUACCCUUAAUUGUAUUAACUAUAUCUGCCUGUGAAGCAGGACUCGGCCUUUCAUUAAUAAUUGCCACCGCUCGAUCCCACGGCAACGAUAACUUAAAAACGCUUAAUUUAUUGCAAUGCUAA